AACUCUAACCAGGCGUCUCGUGCCCAAUGAUACAAGUACACACCAAAGAUUUCGUCGACCUUUCUCCGCCCUACCUUACUUACGUACGCAGCAGAUCCAACUUCCUUCCCCUGUCCCAAAAUACUCCUUCUUUUCCCUCCUUUCUCCCUCUCCCCCUAUAUCCAUCUCUCCCUCUUUCCACAAUUAAUCCCACCUGUCCCAACCGAAUACAAAUAGCUUCACCAACAAAAAACCACUAAUAUGAGCUCGUCCAAGGAAGAAGCAGGUGCAGUUCCCGCUGCUGCUAAGAGCUCCUGGGGCCCAUUCCUGAAGGUCAGACCCUGUUCCCACAAUCCUCUUCAAUUACUAACCUCUUUACAGUCGAUUGCAUCAUUCAAUGGGGACCUAGCGAGUUUGACUGCUCCAGUAAACACCCCAUCAUAAACGCACCCCCUUUUCCCGACAAUGUUUGACUGAUUUCUACCCAUUUUAGCCGUUUAUAUUGAGCUCUACCAGUUUAACUGAGUAUUCAGGUUAUUGGGUGAGAGCCGCUUUUCCCCCAUCAGGACGAACGCGUACACCGUUGCCCGCGGCUGCCCUGAGACACGCGACACUGCUGACCACGGUGAUUCGCAGGCUGAGCAUCCCGAGAUCUUUGUUGCGCCAGCCCAAGAGAAUGACCCGCAGAAGAGAGCUCUUUUAGUGCUCAAGUGGUUCUUGACCACUCUCAAGCAGCAGUAUAGCUCGAGAAGCGAGAAACUGUUGGAUAUCGCCCCUACCUUCAUUCUGGACACCCGCGACUAACCCGGCGUUACUAGCGGUUCGGAGAAGAAGCCACUUAACCCCUUUCUGGGGGAACUAUUCCUCGGAAAAUGGAAAGACCCAACUGGAGAGAUUGGGGAAACUCAGCUGAUCUCCGAACAAGUCAGGUGAGCCGACUCUAGUUUAUCAUAGAAUGGAAGCUGACUUGGAUCGAUAUUGAACAGCCACCACCCUCCUGUCACUGCUUAUGCUAUCUUGAAUGAGAAACAUGGCGUCAAGCUUGAAGGUUACAACGGCCAGAAGGCUUCUUUCUCAGGAGGUACCAUUUCAGUAAAGCAGGUUGGACAUGCCAAGUAUCAUUUGAGGGAAUUUGACGAGGAUUGUGAGGCGGCCCCAAAAGAUUGAUAAUUUCAAGUCAGUGCUGAUCAUAAAAAGACCUGAUUACCCUUCCCUCCCUGCAUAUUGAGGGGAUUGUAUACGGAUCUCCGUAUGUCGAGCUGAAUAGGGGCAGCACAAUCCACUCCUCUACCGGAUAUAUCGCCCAAAUUGAUUAUAGUGGAAAGGGGUGGAUUACUGGAAAGAAAAACACGUUUUCUGCAACAUUGAAGAAAGAGGGUAGCAAGGAUAUUCUUUAUGCAAUCAAUGGGCAAUGGUCUGAUGGCUUCACCAUUAAGGAAGGAAAAUCAAAGAAGGAGGUGAGAGAAUAGCUCACUGCCAUUUAAAUUUAGAUUUCAUCCCCCCCCCCUAGAAAAAAGGAGGAAAAAAAUAAUACUCACCAUUUCUUGGAACAGCUGGAAACUUACAACGCAAAAACUACUGAAAUCACACCUCUUUACGUCGCGCCAAUUGAGGAACAAGAUCCUCUCGAGUCUCGUCGUGCAUGGGCUAAAGUUCAGGAGUCAAUUACCACAGGGGACCUGGAGACCACCGGUACUGAAAAGUCUAAGAUUGAGAAUGAGCAGCGCGAGCUGAGGAAGAAGGAGAGGGAAGAAGGCAGAGAAUGGGAAAGGAGGUACUUCACCAGGGUUAUGGACGAUCCCGUAUUCACGAGGUUGGCCGAAAGCCCUGGGAUUGCCGCGGAAGAAGGAAAGACAGAUGGUAUCUGGGUCUUCGACGAGAAGAAAUUUUCCCAGGUAGCUGAGAAGGCAAGAGCUGGAGGAGAGGCAAGGGCUGAAGAGGCAGCCAAUACUGUCGCUUAGACAAACAUAAACUAUAGACUUAUGUGUAACACAGAUGUUUUGGGAGCCCUUGUCCCUAAUUGUCGGGGUAUGGAAUUCUUUUUUUUUGUUCAUCCCUUAGCUGUACUGUACAUGACUUGCUGAGGCGGAGGCAAAAAUGCAGUGGGGGUCUUUAAUUGUAUCUCUAUCUUCUGGGAUUCUUUCUGCGUUUUAGCUCUCUAUAAAACUUCUCUACUUUCUUUACCGUUCAGGUGGGCAAUAUACGGAUACCUGGGGGAAUUCCCGGGACGCUAAGAUGACGGCAUAAUACAAGUAUGAGUAGUUUUAUAGUAGUACUACUUCUUCAGGCCUUCAUAACGCAAUUUCAUCCCGUAAGCAGUGAGGGACGUACUCGAGUACAGUAUAUGAGGUUAUCAAAUUUGAUUUUCGUGGGGUUUACUCGGCCCGCCAAUUAUCCAGGUUUCUGUCCCUCCCCCGCUCUCACCCCACCCACAGGCUACGGACCCGAAUAAACAUUAAAGCCCAACCAUCCUCUCAUAACCACAACAUAAAACAACCAUCUCUGCCAUCAGCUGGUCAAACUUUGAUCUCCCCAUCCCGUUCUAAUAGUUCAACAAGAAUGGUAUGUCCUUACUUGCCCUUCAAUUGUUUCAAAUUUGACGUCUCCACUUGCUUACGCUACCCGACCCUGAUUACACCUGUAAAGGCUCGCAAAUUCUUUGUAGGAGGAAACUUCAAGUCCAACGGGACAAUCACUCAGAUCAAGAGCAUCAUCGAGGGGCUCAAUCAGGCUUCUCUAAAUCCCAAUGUUGGUUCGUUAUUACAAUUCUUCCCUUCCACAAGGAAUCUCCUUUUCCCUAGGCAGAUAAAACACUAACGGGAAUGCCCAGAGGUCGUGAUUUCCCCACCGGCAAUAUACCUCCUCCUCGCAAAAGAGAUUGCCAGCAACGGUCUCCAGGUCGCUGCCCAGAACGUCUACGAUAAAGGGAACGGUGCAUACACCGGUGAAAUUAGUGCAGAGCAGUUGAAGGAUGCUGGCAUCAACUGGGUCAUAAUCGGACACAGUGAGCGCAGAGCCCUUCUCGGUGAGAGCGAUAAGGUUUGUUUUCCACCGUCUUCAACAUGUGGGGGUUUGCUAAUGUGGGGGGGGUUGUAGUUUGUCGCUUCAAAGACUAGGGCUGCGCUUGCUGGCGGUUUGAGUGUGAUUUUGUGCAUCGGGGAAUCGCUCGCGGUUUGUUUUUCCUCCUCUUUUUUCCCGCAAUCCCGCGCGGGCGGGAUGGUGAUGGUGGCUAGUAUCGGACAAGAUGUAAUAGGACUGACAGAAUAAUUCUCGCAGGAGCGCGAGGCUGGAACCACCCUUGAUGUUGUCACAAGACAACUUGAGGCUGUUGCUGACGAGGUCAGCGAUUGGUCUAACAUUGUCAUUGCUUACGAGCCCGUUUGGGCUAUUGGUACUGGGAAGGUGGCUACUACUGAGGUACAAGUUCUUCAGGUUUUCAUAUGAUGGUCAUAGAAACUGAUAAUCGGGAAACAGCAAGCCCAAGAGGUCCAUGCCGCCAUCCGUGAAUGGUUAAAGAAGACCGUCUCUGAUAAAGCAGCGGAGGGGACCAGGAUCCUUUACGGGGGAAGUGUCACCGACAAGAACUCCAAGGAGCUUGCUACCCAACCUGACGUUGACGGUUUCUUGGUCGGCGGUGCAAGUUUGAAGCCUGCUUGUGAGUAACCGUAUCCACUCUAUCACCUUCACUCCCGGCGACAGGCCCUGGUACUAAUUACUUGGACAGUCACGGACAUCAUCAACUCUGCUGCUUAGAUAUCAAAAAGUUAGAUACACACAGGGGGAUAUUCCGCUGAGCUAAUAAAACCCUGCAAUGCGCGGUGGUAAAUGCACUUGUCUCACGCGAGUCAUUUUCAAUAGCAUUUCUCUAAAGCUGUUAUCGUGUUCUCAUGACUAAGAAAAAAAUGGGUCUAUAACAAUAACCACGGAUACCGGUAAAACAAAUAAUUUCUCAACGACGACCGCAAGACCAGAAUACCGAUUUGGAACGCCAUCCAAGCGCCAGGAUCAUAACCUGCAAAAUCCCCAUUCCAAUUCCCACGAUCCCCAUCCUCCAUCCUCUUAACCCCACACUAUUAUACCUAUCACCCACCACCCCCACUAGCAAAUCUGCGCUUAAAGUCAGCAAACCCAAGCUCCAAGAUCAAGAAUGGCAACAAAUAAAGUGAUAGAAAAAGCUCACCCCAUACCACCCCCACCGCAUCUGCGCUUAAAGUCAGCAAACCCAAGCUCCAUGAACAAGAAUGGCGACAAAUAGAGUGAUAGAAAAAACUCACCCCGAACUGCUCCCACCAAUUCCAGCAACCCCAAAAAUCCCUCCGUGGUAACGACUCUUCUU